UCCUUCGGUUGUGAGCUGUAUGAUGAUGCUGUGUUGUCCACCGCAGCCUCUGAUUCAGAGGAUUUAAUGGCGGAAUCCUGCAGUUCUCUCCCUCCGAGCGGACAGGAGAAACGCAAUUCCCCGUCUUACAAUGAGUUGUUAGACGUUGUGACGUGCGCGGUGGGCAAGUUUGGAUUAGACUGGGACUGUGAGCCGAUGCAAGACCAGGCCCAAUCUAAAUUGGAUGACCGGUUUUUGACUAGUCGUACUCCAUCCCAGCCCCGUAGGCCUCUUCCCUUCUUUCAGGACCUCCACCAAGAGGUUUCGAGGUCUUGGAAGCAGACUUUUUCGGCGCGUAUUACAAACGCCGCUGCCGCUGAUUUUGCCACCGUGUCUAAAAUGGCGGAUCACGGUUACGGGGCAAUGCCGGCCGGUGAAGAGACUCUCGCCACACACCUCGCGCCUAAUUCAGCUCCAUCUUGGAAGUCGCGCCCUACGUUGCCAUCCAAGCCAUGUAGGAUCACUUCCAGUUUAAUCAGGAAAUCUUACAUGGCCGCUGGGCAGGCUGCGGCCACGCUACAUUCCAUGGGUGUGCUUCAAGCCUAUCAGGCAGAGCUUCUCAAGGAGCUGGAUAAAGGGGAAGGCCUCACUCCCGAGGCUGUUAAGGAGCUCAAGAGAGCUGCAGAUUUG